AUGGGCCGCAUUCGUCGUGCUGUCAAGGUUCUGCAAAAUACUGCUCACGCUCCCGACGAGCUGGGCGAAAAUCAACACAUCUGCCAGGUGGUCAAGGUCGAAGGCAAUCUCACCUACACAUGCAAACUUCCGACGGGGGAAGAACUCAAAGCCUCCCUGGAGAAAAAGUUCCACGAUACCAUCUUCAUACGUGUCAGAGGCUAUGUGGUGGUUGAGAUAGAUGAGGUCGCCCGGUCGAAGAACUGUAAAGUGAUUGGCAAAAUCGUCAACGUCGUGUGCAAUGAAAAAGAAUGGCGCCAACAACCAUACUGGCCAAAAGAAUUUCCUCGCAUCAUUGUCCAAAACGGGCCACCGAGUCCUGGAUACCAGAUGCCACCCAGUGACUCAGAGGAUAAUGUAGAGAACCAUUGA